GAAAUGUCAAAAAGAUCUGUGAGAAAACGCGCGCGUCUCAGUGAAGAUAUAGAUGAUCGAUUAAUUUCCUACAUAGAACGGAUCCAACAAGAAAAUAAUAGUGCAGAAAUUACAGCUGCUACCUUGUUCGAAUAUGUUCAAAAUGUAGAUUUUAGAUUCAAGCGAAUGAAAAAAUGGCAACUAGAGAAAGGCAUUGAUCGAGUAAAAAUUGCGAAAAUAUAUAAUUUAUUAGUAUUGAAAUCAUUAAAGAAUCAAAAGCUUGAUGACCAAUACGAAAAUUCUUCGGCUUUAAGUGCAAUAGUAUCAGAAAAGGGAUCAAAGAUCGGAAAUCCUCACAAUUCAGAAAUUGAAAAUACGGAAUUUUCGGAUACUUCUUCUGAUGAUUAUGAUUCGGAAGCAAUGGAGUUUGAUGAAGGAAUGGAACCGAUUCAAAUGAUGGAGGUCAAGGACACAAAUUUCAUGAAUAACUCUAUUACAAAAGUGUGGUCUCGACAUCUUCCACAGUCGGCUGAAUCAUCGCCUAAACCUGAAGUGCAUAAAGUUCAAGAGAAAAAAGACAAAAUUAAAUCUACUAAAAAAAUCAACAAGGGAACUGUGGAAAACAGGAGAUCCACAAGAUCCAUAACAAUUGUAGAUGCUAAAAAUACAACGGCAAGAUUAUCAGACUUAGGAGGGAUUGAUACUUGUAUUGAAGAAGUUUUAGAGUUGAUUGCUAUGCCUUUAGCUCAUCCAGAGAUUUAUAUACACACUGGCGUUCAACCACCGAGAGGAAUCCUAUUACACGGCCCUCCUGGAUGUGGUAAAACAUUACUUGCCAAUGCUAUUGCUGGGGAAUUGGGUGUACAGUUUAUUAGUAUUUCUGCGCCUUCAGUGGUCUCUGGAAUGUCUGGGGAAUCAGAGAAAAAGAUUAGAGAAGUUUUUGAUGAAGCUAAAGCAAAAGCCCCUUGCCUCAUAUUUAUUGACGAAAUAGAUGCCAUCACUCCAAAAAGGGAAACAGCUCAACGAGAGAUGGAAAGACGAAUUGUUGCUCAAUUGUUGACUUGUAUGGAUGACUUAUCAUGGGAUAAGACGGACAAUAAACCUAUAUUAAUAAUUGGUGCGACAAAUAGACCAGAUUCUUUAGAUCCUGCACUUCGUCGGGCUGGUCGAUUUGAUAGAGAAAUUAGUCUAGGAGUUCCUGAUGAGCAAGCAAGAGAAAGUAUUUUAAAGGUCAUUGCUUCAAAGUUGAAACUUUCUGGUGACUUUGAUUAUAAAGCUUUGGCAAAAUUAACUCCUGGAUAUGUUGGGGCCGAUUUGAAUGCGUUAACAACUGCAGCAGGUGUUAUCACAGUAAAACGAAUCUUCACACAAUUGGCUGAUAAUCAACCAAAUAAGUCACCAAAUUCCAUUGCAUCACAAGAUCUAUUCACCUCAUUUGAAAAUCAAUCGCCUACGGAGCAAUUGCGUUCAAUAUCCAGUUUUCUUGCCAAUCAUCCAAAUUCACUUACUGAAGAGGAGCUUGAACCCUUGAGUAUUACUAAUGAGGAUUUCUUGCAAGCUCUAUCAAAAGUGCAACCUUCAUCUAAACGUGAAGGAUUUGCUACAGUACCGGAUGUUACUUGGGAUGAUAUUGGCGCAUUAAAAUUUGUAAGGGAUGAGUUGAGAAUGGCAAUAGUAGAGCCAAUAAAAUACCCUGAAUUGUUCAAAAGGGUUGGCAUAACUACACCUUCUGGAGUUUUAUUGUGGGGCCCUCCUGGAUGUGGUAAAACACUCUUAGCUAAAGCAGUCGCUAAUGAAAGCCAUACAAACUUCAUUUCAGUUAAGGGACCCGAAUUAUUAAAUAAGUACGUGGGUGAAAGUGAACGUGGUGUGAGACAGGUAUUUGCUAGAGCUAAGGCUUCUUCACCAUGUGUUAUAUUUUUUGAUGAACUUGAUGCACUUUGUGCACGACGAGAUGAUUCACAGUCUGAAGCUUCUGCUCGUGUCGUUAAUACAUUGUUAACUGAGUUAGAUGGAUUAGAAAAUCGGAAACAAGUUUAUGUUAUAGCUGCUACUAAUCGACCAGAUAUAAUUGAUUCAGCAAUGAUGCGCCCUGGUCGUUUAGAUAAGCUUUUAUAUGUAGAAUUACCUACAGAGUUAGAGCGAUUAGAAAUUCUAAAAACAUUAUCAAAGAAAACACCUUUGAGUAACAAUGUUUCAUUAGAAAACAUCGCUCAUUUGGCAUCUCUCGUUCGUGAAGCCGCAGUUGCAGCAUUAAGAACCACUUUAUAUUCUAAAGAAGAAAAUCCAUCAUUACAUGAAUUUAUAGAAAGUGAAAUUUUUAUAACUUCUGCAAAUUUUGAAAUGGCAUUUGAAAAAGUGACACCAAGUGUAUCUAAAUCGGAUAAACAAAGAUACAAUUCGUUUAAAAUGAGAUUUACUUGA